CUCUUUCCUCCAGGCGCAUGGGAGGCAGGCAGAGGCAGAGGCCACAAGAGCUGCCCCUGAGGAAGAGGAGCCCCAGAAGCCGAGCCCUGGCCCCGGGGAGCCCGCCAUGGGAGUCCAGCCCGAGCAGAGCAAGGCGCCCCGGAAUGCAGAGCCCCCUCCCGCCCUCCAGCUCUGCUCCGGGAGCAUCUUCUGCAACAUUAAGAUGUUUGUACUUUGCCAUGGCCUCCUACAACUUGCCCAGCUCCUCUACAGUGCCUACUUCAAGAGCAGUCUGACAACCAUUGAAAAACGCUUCGGCCUCUCCAGUUUGUCCUCUGGCUUUAUUUCCAGUUUACAUGAGAUUGGCAAUGUUGUCCUUAUCAUCUUUGUGAGCUACUUUGGCAGCCGAGUUCACCGACCUAGGAUCAUUGGUCUGGGAGGCCUCCUGUUGGCUCUGGCAGCAUUCCUUCUGACACUUCCUCAUUUCCUCUCAGCGCCAUAUGAAUACUCUCAAACAAUCAUCAUUAACAGCACCACCACCACCAGAAAUGAGAUCUGCAAUGGUGAUUAUAAAUGUCCAAAUGCCACCGUGAAAACCCAGGCAGAAGGCGGCACAAUGUGGGCAAUAAUGGUAGUUGCUCAGCUGUUGGCAGGAAUUGGGACAGUCCCCAUCCAGCCUUUUGGGAUCUCUUAUGUGGAUGACUUUGCUGAGCCAAACAAUUCUCCCUUGUACAUAGCACUCUUAUUUGCCAUUGCAGUGUUUGGCCCAGCUUUUGGUUAUUUGCUUGGCUCUGCAGCACUGAAAAUAUUUGUGGACUUUGGGAGAGUUGACCUGAAGGAUGUGAACUUGGUCCCAGGAGACCAGCGCUGGAUUGGAGCAUGGUGGCUGGGACUUCUCAUUGCCUCUGGCUGUUUGCUGCUUACUUCUAUUCCCUAUUUCUUCUUCCCUCGAUAUAUGCUUAAAGGAAGGCAUUUGGAAUAUGAGGUGGACAUACUAAAGAAGAUUGAGAAAACCAGGGCAGAGGAAGGCUCCUUGGUGGAUUUUACUAAAAAAUUCCCACGAGGCUUCCUAAAGCUGUUCUUCAACCCACUCUUCAUGUUGCUGGUCUUGGCCCAGUGUAGCUUUUCCUCUGUUAUUGCCGGCCUCUCUACUUUCCUGAACAAAUACUUGGAGAAACAGUUUGGUACCACCUCUUCUUAUGCAAACUUUCUCAUUGGAGCUGUGAACUUGCCUGCAGCGGCUCUCGGAAUGCUCUUUGGAGGCCUCAUCAUGAAGCGGUUUGGCUUCUCCCUCAAAGCCAUUCCACGAUUCUCCAUUGUUGUGCUACUCCUGUCCACACUGUGCUGCCUCCCUCUCUUCUUUAUGGGCUGUUCCACACAGAAAGUGGCUGGAGUUUAUCCAGCCAGUUCCCAAGAAAAGGACCAGUGCAGCCAACAAUGCUCCUGCUCCAAGCAUCUCUUUCAUCCAAUCUGUGGAGACAAUGGUGUGGAGUACCUCUCCCCCUGCCAUGCUGGUUGCGCCAAUUUUUUCUCUAAUUCUUCCACACCCAAGAUUGUGAUCUACACAAACUGCUCCUGUAUUGAUGCCAAGAAUGGACAGUCCUCAGCAAGGACUGGAUCAUGUCCACUGAGCUGUGCCCACCUGCUACUGCCUGUUAUAUUCCUCAUCUCAUUCGCUGCACUGAUUGCCUGCCUGUGUCACAAUCCUCUGUACAUGAUGGUGCUACGGGUGGUGAACUAUGAAGAAAAGUCAUUUGCCAUUGGAAUCCAGUUCCUGUUGAUGAGAUUGAUUGCCUGGUUGCCAGCUCCUGCUCUGUUUGGUUUUCUCAUCGACACCUCAUGCAUCUGGUGGAGCAAAAGAUGUAACAAGAGUGGUGGAUCAUGUUUUUACUAUGACAAUAACUUCCUCCGUAGCAGGUACUUAGGUCUCCAAGUGGGUUACAAAAUUGUUGGGAUUCUUCUGUUAUCCCUCAUCAGCUGGAAGCUGACAAAAAAAAAGGAAUACAGUGUCCAAGACAAAGCUGCUGGCCUGGUGUAGCUCUGUACUGCAAGAUCCAGCUGGAAUGCCAUUUUGUACCAUAUCUGUAUUUACUUAACAGUACUUUACCCUUGUGGCUUCUCCUUUUAUUUUAUUUUAUUUUAUUUUAUUUUAUUUUAUAUAAUAAGGGAACAAUAUCAUUUUAGCAGCUGAAUAUAGAACUCUGGCAUUAUCAGCUUCCACACCAGGUAGUCAAGCUAAAAGGACUCAUCUUUGUUCAUAAAUGGAAAAAACGCAGGACUUCUGAUGACCAAGUAUCUAAUCAGUGUUAAAAGACUCGGUGCAGCAUCCUCAUCUCUCAAGAGAAAUUCACCCUGAACUGAAAGAUUGCACAGAGUUAGGAAAAAGACCCCCCAACAUGCUAUGGCCAUGCUGUCACUUGUGGGAUUCCAUUUCUGUUUUCCACAGCUAUCCUGACAUGCUGAGGAAAUGGAUAGUAUUCCUGUUGUUGUUCUCCCUUCUCUUAAUGGAUAGGUCAAAUAGUUGAGGGGAAAGGCAGCCAAAUCUCUUGAGAAACAUUGGACCUCUGGAAAUGGUGAAUGAAAACUGUUAAGCGUGAGAUGGUUUAGAAGUUUGCUGAGGAGGGAGUAGUCCUGUUUACAAACAAUUCCUUGUACUGACUAAGUUGAUCCAGUGUGCUGUAUUGUAUCCAGGUUAACCAGGGAUAGGAAACCUACCAUCCUCCAAGUGUUUUGGAUUGUGAUUCCCAGGGUUCCUGGCCACUGGCCAUGGUGGAUGGAGUUUAUGGGAGUUGUAGUCCAAAAUAUCAGGAUGACACUACAAUUGUCUUUCCUGGGCCAAGGCAUGGAAUCAGAGAAGGAGAUGAGGUUGUAACAGCUCAGCCUGCCCUGACUUUCAUGCCUUCUCUUCUCAUCUAUUACACAGGUCAGAGUGGACAUAAGCUCCACUUAUUGUAUAAAGUUAGUGUUUGUGAUAUAUUGAAUUUUUAAAUAAAAGCAAUUUUCCAGUUUCUUCAUA